GUAGAGAGGAGGGAACGGAGUGAGAGGCGACAGUCACGACGACUGCAGCAGCUGGUUAAAGUGAUAUAAUCUUGUGUUAUGAAAUUUAAGUUUUCCGGGAAACAUCAGGGGAUUAUGGAACCACACCAUAGAAGGUCAUUGCGCUUUUUCGAUCAGUUUUGCGCUCAUUCUUAGUAAUUGUUUUAAUUUCCAAAGCCACUUGAAAUGAAGAAUACUGGUGAUUUAACUAAAUUAACAAUGUGUCUGUGUUGAUCCAUGGAUUUACACUUAUCUGGUAUGGAGGAACUGGGUCAUCAACAUGAGUUUUGAUACUGCUAAUGAUGCCAACUUCUGGAGUAACGGGUCCUCUGAGCUGUACGCAGAGACACCAGGACCGUUGUCUGCAAAUAAUUCCAAUUUGACCACAGCGAAUUACACAGACACGAAUCCUCUGGACCUUACCCGAGCCGUGUCAGUUGGUAUGGUUCUGGGCGCUUUCAUUUUGUUCGCAAUCGUGGGCAACAUACUCGUAAUACUUUCCGUUGUGUGCAACAGACACCUGCGUAUCCCAACGAACUAUUUCAUUAUCAACCUAGCAAUUGCAGACCUGUUACUGGGUACCACAGUUCUGCCCGUGUCCGCAACACUGGAGAUUCUCGACUACUGGGUAUUCGGGAGGAUCUUCUGUGACAUCUGGGCAGCAGUGGACGUGUUAUGUUGCACGGCCUCCAUCAUGAGCCUGUGCGUAAUAUCCAUAGACCGUUAUAUAGGCGUGCGCUACCCACUGCAGUACCCCUGUAUAGUAACGGAGAAAAGAGCCAUUUUGGCCAUGCUCGGUGUGUGGGUUCUCGCCACUGUCAUCUCCAUCGGACCUCUACUAGGGUGGAAACAACCACCCUCAAAUGAUGACACCGUUUGCCCCAUCACCGAAGAGCCCUUUUACGCACUCUUCUCCUCCCUGGGUUCAUUUUAUAUACCUCUGGCUGUCAUCCUGUGCAUGUACUGCCAGGUUUAUGUAGUUGCCAAACGGACAACUAAGAACUUGGAGGCGGGGGUCAUGAAAGAACGCAUGGACUCGAAUGAGCUCACGCUCAGGAUCCACUGCAAAAACGCACAGCUGCAAGAAUACUGCGUCACGGGCAAAGGCCAGGCGCGGAGCACACUAACGGUGAAACUGCUCAAGUUCUCCCGAGAGAAGAAAGCUGCUAAAACUCUGGGUGUGGUGGUAGGCAUGUUUAUUCUCUGCUGGCUGCCAUUCUUCCUCGUGCUGCCCAUCGGGUCGUUCAACGCCAACCUGCGUCCCUCGGAGACGUUCUUCAAGGUGAUCUUCUGGCUGGGCUAUUUCAACAGCUGCCUGAACCCCAUCAUCUACCCCUGCUACAGCCGAGAGUUCAAGCAGGCCUUCAUACGCAUCCUUAAGUGCCGCUGCCAUCAGAAGAAGAAGAAGCAGAAGGGUUGGAAUGCCUACUACAACCAACGUUCCUCUCGCCUGGGCUCCACCAAUACCUCCUACCUGAAUGGAAGUCAGCAGACCCUGUCCUCCGUCAACCCCAGCCCUCACUGUGUCAGCAAAGGGACUGGCUCUCGCCUAGAGCCUGGGUUUGACCUCAACUCCCCAUCCCCCUGCACGUCUCUGCCUGGGAGCCCCUUCACUGGCCAGAUGAGAGCCCUCCCUGGGGCUGUCUACCAGAGCACCAGCAGAAAUAACAGAGUCCACCUGGUCUCUCCCUUGGCCAGGGAGUCAGUUCAUGCCAAUGGACAGAGUAGGAAUGGAGAGGUGGAGCAUGGAACAAUCAGGGCAACACCUGACACAAUUAUGUAAUGACUGUGUGGGGCACCAGUCAUAAGCCUGGACAAUAUCGUUUAAUAGUCUGUACUAAUGCUGGCAUGAGACUUCUUUUAGAGACACUAUACAUUGGAUCAUUGUAAAUGUCUAAAUGCAAUAUGGACAGCAGCCUAACUACUGUAGAAGUAUGGAUUGAAGAUGUCCACAUCACAAUGUUUCCCUGACUAUUUAUUACUAAGAAUCUGGUUGCUUCUAGUUACAUGUCCUCCAAAUGUCAUCGUCAAUAGGUCUUUUGGACAAUUUUAGACAGAACACUAAGGUUCUCUGCUACUGCACCAAGCAUUUGCAGAACAAUGCGUGCAGCUCUGGCACAUACUAACUAGGCCCUUGAAAGACUCCAUGAAAAAGGGACCAACUGUACCCACGUUUUGACUUGGGUUGCACUGCUCUGCAUUUGUAACAGAUAUACAUACAGUUGAAGUCGGAGGUUUACACACACCGUAGCCAAAUACAUUUCAGCUCAGUUUUUCACAUUUCCUGACAUUUAAUCUUAGUAAA